AUGAUACGCUCACCCGGUGUACGAUUGCCUUUACGGCUUCGUUCGAGCUUUGCGAGCUCUAAAUCGCUUUCUUCUCGGAUAUGGCAGGGUCAGGCUUCCAUGGCCAGGCGGUUCCAUCGCCCGGCGUGCCUCCGUGAGCAGGUCGAGCUUCCUAGCUUCUUGGAGGCAUACAAGAAGGCCGUGGAAUUCCCUCCUGCCACCCAUGACUUUGAAACCUUCCUCUCGCAGGCGGAGCCCAAUACCGAAGUCGUUCUACAUGGCUACCUAGGCCAGCGCGCAGACCUCUCGAAGAAGCUGUCAUUCGUCCGUCUCACAGACCCAACAAUGAAGCACAGCCUACAAGUAGUAGGAUUUGCCAAGAAUGACGCUUUCGAAAAGCUCAAGACUAUCAAUGCCAACAGCCCCGUCGCGGUACGAGGAACGGUGCAACAAAAGAAGAAAAAGGCCUCCGAAGGCGAGGCUAAACCGGAGGAUUCUUGGGAGUUGGCAUUGGAGGAUAUUACUCUGCUCAAUGGCUUCCCAAAGGAUAUCAUCAUGACUCCCGAGACGGUGUUUGCGCCAGAGCAGCGAUACCUCCAACUUCGGUCCGAUGCCGAGCUACGUGAAGCGCUGCGGUUCCGUGCGGAGGUCCGGAAUACCUGCAAGAAGGAACUGGAAGAGAGCAACCAGCCGGCCUUUGUGGAGAUUGAGACUCCCCUGCUGUUCAAGUCGACGCCGGAAGGUGCACGUGAGUUCUUGGUGCCGACUCGUCGGCCGGGACUGGCGUAUGCUUUGCCUCAGAGCCCGCAGCAAUACAAGCAAAUCCUCAUGGCCAGUGGUUUGCCCCGGUAUUACCAAUUUGCGCGUUGCUUCCGGGACGAAGAUCUUCGUGCCGAUCGGCAGCCGGAGUUUACCCAGCUAGAUCUAGAGAUGUCCUUCGCUACUGGUGACGCUGUGAUGCGCACCGUUGAGGGAGUCAUCCGUCGUCUGUGGUCUACUUUGAUGAAAGAUCCGGCACCUGAGGGUCCUUUCCGUCGCGUCCCGUACCAGGAGGUCAUGGCGAAGUAUGGCUCCGACAAGCCAGACACAAGAUACGGCAUGGAAAUUAUGCGGCUUGAUCAUGUGCUGCCCGUUGAUCUGGUUAUGAAGAUCUCGCCGCUCGAGGAUCCUAUUGUUGAGGCUUUCAAGCUUGAGAAUGCCAACAAUGACCCGGCUGAAACACUCAAAUUCAUCACCGAGUUCCUCGAUUCGCCUGCUGGUGCUCCGUUCAACAACAACCCCGAUGGAGGUCCGGGUGUCUUCGUGUUCAACGGGAAACAGCCUCUUUCCGGUCUGCAGCCAUUUGGUUUCGAGGCUGCCGAGCAGGUUGAAGAGCUUCUAGACCCUGAUCAUGGCGACCUGAUUAUCCUUCAAGCUCGCCCUCGCGCCCCCUUCGCCGGAGGUUCGACACCAAUUGGCGAUCUUCGUCGGGCCCUGCACUCUCAUGCCGUCUCCACCGGCUUCCAGGAAGCUCCUACUGGCUUCGACUUCAUGUGGGUCGUUGACUUCCCACUCUUCUCCCCCUCUACCGAGUCGGAACCCGGCCAGGGCGGCGCAGCAGGCAUCUCCUCCACCCACCACCCGUUCACGGCACCCAAGACUGCCGCCGACGUGGAACUGCUCCUCACCGAUCCCACAAAAGCCGUGGCAGAUCACUACGAUCUCGUCGUAAACGGCGUCGAACUCGGCGGUGGUAGCCGUCGUAUUCACGACGCUGCCGUGCAGGAGUUCAUCUUCCGCGACAUCCUGAAGAUGCCAGCUGAGCGCCUAGCAGACUUCUCCCAUCUCCUCGACGCUCUUCGCGCAGGCUGUCCGCCCCACGCAGGUCUGGCACUAGGCUUUGAUCGACUAGUUGCCGUCAUGCUGGGCAAGGAGUCUGUGCGGGAUGUUAUUGCUUUCCCGAAGACUGGCAAGGGUGGCGAUGAUGCUAUGGUGCGCGCGCCGAGUCCUAUGACUGAAGCAUCCUUGGAAACGUACCAUCUGCAGUUGAGGAAGGGAGAGUAG